AUGGUUUUGAAGUCUACAUCUGCCAACGAUGUAUCAGUGUAUCAAGUCUCCGGUACAAACGUUUCGAGAUCAUUACCUGACUGGAUUGCUAAAAAGCGUAAGAGACAAUUGAAAAAUGAUUUAGAAUAUCAAAACAGAGUGGAAUUAAUCCAAGAUUUUGAAUUUAGCGAAGCUUCUAAUAAAAUCAAGGUAAGUAAGGAUGGACAAUAUUGUAUGGCUACUGGUACAUACAAACCCCAAAUUCACGUUUAUGACUUCGCCAAUUUAUCGCUAAAAUUUGAUAGACAUACAGAUGCCGAAAAUGUCGAUUUCACCAUCCUUUCUGAUGAUUGGACCAAAAGUGCACAUUUACAGAAUGACAGAAGUAUUCAAUUUCAAAACAAAGGUGGGCUACAUUAUACCACAAGAAUUCCUAAAUUUGGAAGAAGUUUAGUCUACAACAAUGUGAAUUGUGAACUAUAUGUUGGUGCCAGCGGUAACGAACUAUACAGAUUGAAUUUAGAAAAAGGUAGAUUUUUGAAUCCCUUCAAACUAGAUACCGAGGGUGUCAACCAUGUUUCUAUCAAUCAAGUGAACGGGUUAUUGGCGGCAGGAACAGAAAAGAAUGUGGUAGAAUUUUGGGAUCCAAGGUCACGUUCUCGUGUUUCCAAACUGUACUUAGAAAACAGUAUUGAUAAUAAACCAUUUCAAGUUACUACAACCAGUUUCCGUAAUGAUGGGUUGAAUUUUGCUUGUGGUACAUCAAACGGUUAUUCGUACCUCUACGAUCUACGUACAUCCGAGCCCUCCAUGAUAAAGGACCAAGGUUAUGGCUUUGAUAUUAAAAAAAUCAUUUGGUUGGACGAUGUUGGCACGGAGAAUAAGAUUGUAACAUGUGACAAGAGAAUCGCCAAGAUAUGGGAUAGACUCGACGGCAAAGCAUAUGCCUCUAUGGAGCCAAGUGUUGAUAUCAAUGAUAUUGAACAUGUUCCAGGUACAGGUAUGUUUUUCACAGCUAAUGAAAGUAUUCCAAUGCACACAUAUUAUAUACCAAGUUUGGGACCAUCUCCACGUUGGUGCUCAUUCUUGGAUUCUAUCACAGAAGAAUUGGAAGAAAAACCAAGUGACACAGUUUACUCCAAUUACAGGUUCAUUACAAGAGAUGAUGUCAAGAAGUUGAACUUAACACAUUUGGUGGGGUCCAGUGUAUUAAGAGCAUACAUGCAUGGUUUCUUUAUCAACACUGAACUUUACGAUAAGGUUUCAUUAAUUGCUAAUCCAGAUGCAUACAAAGAUGAAAGGGAAAGAGAAAUUAGACGUAGAAUUGAAAAAGAAAGAGAAUCCAGAAUUAGAAGCUCAGGUGCUGUUCAAAAACCUAAAGUCAAAGUCAACAAGACAUUGGUUGAUAAAUUAUCUCAAAAACGUGGUGAUAAAGUUGCCGGUAAGGUUCUUACGGAUGAUCGUUUCAAAGAAAUGUUUGAGGACGAGCAGUUUCAAGUUGAUGAAGAUGAUUAUGAUUUCAAGCAAUUGAACCCAGUCAAAUCUAUCAAAGAAACAGAAGAAGGUGCUGCUAAACGUAUCAGAGCCUUGACUGCUGCCGAAGAAUCUGAUGAGGAAAGAAUCGCUAUGAAGGACAGCAGGGGUCACUAUGACUACGAAGAUGAGGAAUCUGACGAAGAUGAAGAAUCUGAUGAUGAAGAAAAGAAGAAUGUGGAUAAGGAAGAAUUGAGUGAAAAGGAUUUGAGAAAGAUAGAAAAGCAAAGAGCACUAAUCGUACGUAGAAAGAAAGAAAAGGAACAAAGUGAACGAUUUAUGAAUGAAAUGAAAGCAGGUCCUUCCGUGGGAACGCAAGAGGGCGAAGGUGCUCAUGUUACAUUCGGUGAACAAGUCGGCGAAUUACACGAAGAGGAAGAUGGGAAGAAGUCUAAGGAAUCUAUCUUACAUCGUAAUCAUCGUGGUGAAGCAGAACUUACGUUUGUUCCCCAAAGAAAGAGCAAAAAGGAUAGACACAGUAAAACCAAACGUCCUGAAAAUUCAUCGGACGAAGAAAAUGUUGAUGAGGACGGUAAUAAGAAGGACAACGGUAGAUCAAGAGCUAGAUUUGAAAAUAGAAGAAGGGCUAGUAAAAACGUGUUCCGUGGCAUGUAA